GUCAAAUAAGCUAGCCAAAAUAAAAACAUGGCCGCCGCUCAGGCAAGGUUCGACGCUGCUGUAAAAGUGAUACAAAGUUUGCCCAAAAAUGGGUCCAUCACCCCUUCCCAUGAGACCAUGCUCACAUUCUACGCCUACUACAAGCAGGCCACGAUUGGUCCAUGUGACAUCAGCAGACCUGGAUUCUGGGACGUAGUCGGCAGGGCAAAGUGGGAGGCAUGGAAUCGUCUGGGCAACAUGCCCAAAGAAGAAGCCAUGGACAACUACGUGGACACUCUGAAAAAGAUCAUAGAGGCACUACCACAGAACAAAGAAAUGCAGGACUUCAUGCAUGUUCUUGGGCCGUUCUAUGAACUUGUUGACCUUGAAACCCCUUUCCAAUCAGGGAAAUCUUCACCGAACCAAUCAGAACUGUCCAUCUCUGACCAACCAGUUCUUGCUAUAAAAGAAAAUGGAGAGAUUCCCACCAAUCACAUUGGAGAGACCUUAGAUGAUAUACAAACAAAUAACAACAAAAACACAGAAAAAUCAACAGACAAUUCUGAAGAAAAUGAAACUGAAAUUACCAAUCAGAUGCAUGGAGAAGCAGGGAAGAUUGGAAAGCAGGAAGAAUUAACCAAUCACAGAGGGGAGGAUGUCUCAACCAAUCAGACAGAAGAAGAGAUAGUGACCAACCAGAGAGAAGCAGAGGCUUUGAUCAAUCACAAACAAGGCAAGGGAGACAACAGCCAAUCAGAGGAGAGGGAAGAAUCUGGGGUGGAAGUAGAGGAAGUGAUGGAGGAAGUUCAACCUGGCAAAGGUUUUGAUGAUGAAAAUCUCCAUGGAAACCAAGUGACCACACCCCCCGUUACCAAGGUGAUGCUGAUGGAGAUUCCGACCCCGCCCGUCAUUAUCGACACCCCGCUGCCAGCCAAGCAUCAUGGGAAGGGACCUGCACAGCCGGAUGAAGAUGACAGAGAGGAGAACCUUCCCAGGAGAGUGAACGGCCACAGUUUCCCUCCCCAUCACAUCAACAGUGACUCAGACACGGACAGCGAGCUGUACCAGGACAGCGUGGACACCCCGGCUGUCCCCGAUGAGAUGCCAAGCCUAAUAUCUCCGUCUCCAAGUAGCCAGACUCCAGAGGGUCUGUCUAGAAACAACAGUUUUGUGACUCAGGCUGAGAUCCACCACGACAGCAACGGACUGCCUUCCCAUGGUGCAUUGCAGCAGACAGAAAGGCAUGAUGGGAUGGACGCCCUCUCCAGUAGCUUGCCACUUGACUCUUCACACUUGGAUGAUUCAUAUAACAACAGUUUGAGCUUCUCACCUCUGAUUCGUCAGGGCAGGUCAGGUGACGUGGAGAGACGGUUGGAUUUGGAAAGCCCUGCUGUGAUUGGUCGAGGAGGUGGAGAGAUGGGAGGUCAGGGCAAAGGUCAGAGUGGACAGGUGGGCAGCAGGAGGCAGAGUGGAGACAGUACAAGCAGUGGGGGGAGAGGUGCUCGAGACAGAGGGGGCACCCCAGGCAGACGAGGGGCGGGGGGUUACUAUGGAGGAGGGGGUGGAGAUGACGGGGAGAGGGGGAGGGGGCGAGGACAGGGCCCAUCUGACGUCAAUGAACACAUCGCUGUUGCCCUGGACCGUCUACAGCAGGACAUGAACUUUGUUCUGGCCAGACUCAGCACCCUGGAGGCACUCUCUACUUCUCAGGCAAGAGGAGGUAUAGUUGCCCCUGCAGUUCAAGCUGUGCAACCCCAACAGCAACAGGAAAGUUCCUGGUGGCCUUUCUCCAACUUGUCUGGAAAAACAGCCUUUUUCAUCUUAGUCUGGCCCUUUAUUGUCAACUGGCUCAUCAAAAUGUACUUCAAGAAGAAAGGCAAGGCACACAGGAGGUCACCUUUCAUGUAAACUACAUGUUGUGCUGUUUUAAGUUAAAACUUUUGGUCCAACACAAAAAAGUUCUCUCACCUAGA